AUGAACCAUCACCACAGCUCCGAUCCCAGCGCUCGAUACUUCAACCCGAGUGGCAGCCCUGUGAACGGUUUGCAAGGAAGCAGCACGCCUCACCAGAUGAGCGCUCCCCCAUCACCUUAUCUCGAGGCUCGAGUCGUCAACUUGGAAGAUAAGCACGCAGACUUGCGAGAAGAAGUCGACAUCCUCAAAGACCUGUAUCACGAUCUCUGCAACCUCUUCAGCAAAGUGAGGCAGAACGCUCAGCCCAUACGUGCCAAUUCCCUCGGGGGCACUGAUCCUGUCUCUUCUCGUCAGACUGCCAUGCAGUUCAAGCAGGAGCUCGAGCACUUGAGCCGUGAGGUCUGCGAGUCAGUGAAUGGAGAUGCUGGCGAGCAAAAGGCGAACGAUCGCAGUAUACUCAAGCCAGGCGGUAGCUUACCUCCACACGUAAAAUCUGCCAGUGUCACCGAUCGCGGAACAGGCGCGAAGUCACUAGCGCCACAUUUGCGUGGUGUGAAGCAGCCUGGUACAGUCAGCGAUAACGCCAGGACUUCCAAACCGUUGGUUGACAGGACAAAACGCAACCACGAACCUCUUAUCACAGACGGACCGGUCGAUACCAUUGUCCAACAAACAACGAUCCCUGCAGUUACUCCCAGCCCCCCUCUGUCAUACACCACGACUGUCCAGGGCGAUGUUGACUCUGUGGAAGUCGAGUCCCUUUCAUUGGAGGACUGGAGGCCCUAUUACCUCACCACAUUGGCAUCACUGCCUGCUGACGUCUGCGCAAAGAUACCGAAUCCGCAGAAGAUGACUACCUUCACACUCGACAUGUUGCAAAACUUGUUCGGUGGUAUCAGCUGGUCCCCUGGUCUAAGGUACAUCAACACGGCUGGCGCGUCUAUGUUGAAGAAUCGCACUUACUACAUGCUGGACCCAACCAACGAGCCGUAUCUACCGAAAGCGCCUGGAGAGCAUGGUGCCAAGCUAACGGCGUUCUUCAACACAGCUCCUGAAGAGGGGUUCGACAAACUGCCUGAAGGCACUAAUUCUUACACAAAUGUACCCAUGUUCGUCCAGGUAGCGCCAGGUCGCUACGCCUACUUCGGAAACUACUCACAGACACGCUGGUCAGAUAAGCUUGACAAUGACACCAUGAGAGCUCGAGUGCCUCAGCACGUCAAGGAGCACAUUUCGCACGAGCUAACAGCUAAGCUCCGUGAGGACUGGGUCACCCGUGAACUCAAGAAGCACUUCUUUCCGAAACCUGAGUACGAGGGUUCUCUCUUGGCCGCCAGCAGUGACGAUACCACCGUCCAUUCGGCUGACGAGGAAAAACACAACAAGAAGAUGACUACGGAAAUACAGCAGUAUAUCCAGGAGCUUGCUGAGUGGGAGCGCGAGGCCAGCAUGAAGACUGCCAUGAUGAAGUCUGACUUCAUCCUCAACGCUUUCGAUGCUGCUGAUGCUGACGACCCGCCUGCCCUGCGCCUCUGGUGGGAGUACCUUGAGUGCGUCGACUGGAAGAACGACUUCUACAACAUGCUCGUCGGACUCCAGGCUCGCGCUGACAACCCCAAGUGGGUGCGUGACGGCCGGCUGUAG